UUAUCUAAAUCAGCCGGGAAGUUCAUUUUGGAAGCAAAUCAUUUCAGUAAAUAUGUCCCAUAAAAGCAGCCAAGUACUUGAAAAAUUGGGAAAGCAGUUUCCUUACCUCAAUGUGAAAUUAGCUGAUGUGGAAAAGUAUCCUGAUUUCAGCACGCUGCUCAACAAUCUUGGGCAAUAUGUCAACAAUAAAGGACUUUCCCAACAAACAGAUAAAGACUUAAAACAGGCAAAAGAGGUUUUACGCCAUGCACGACACUCAUGGCUGCUUAACCACAUUCUCUACUUGGAGGUGCAAGAGUUGUUACUUGAUUAUGAGAUCCGCAGCCUCGACACAUCACUCUCCUCCAGAGAUCAACAGUUUCACAAACUUCUACAGCAGUGUCUGACCCAGGCAGAGAUUGGAGACUAUCUGGAGUUUAGUCCGGACCCAAGUGCCAAAGUUACUGCCCUGGGUUUAACCAGGGAGGAGCUUCAGCGACAGAACCCUCACAAACAGCACAUUUCAUCCCUUCAACAAGCCCUAAUCCCAGAAGUAGAGGAGCGACUUAGGAGAAAGUGUGAAAACCUGGUAGUCGCUCAUGACCCCCAGAACUCCUCAUCAGACAGCAAUAAACUAAUGUUUGCCAAGUCCUCCCAGCUGCCAGCCAUGGUGGAGAAUGAUAAACUGCAGCUGGAGGAGAACAAGAGACAACUGAAAGAAGAUACUGCCAAGAAGGAAAAACAGUUUGAAGUUUAUUACCAGACAUUGCUAGACUCCCUUCAUUUGCUGGAGGUUCUUAUAUCCAAGUACAAGCUGGGAAAACAGCUGGAAAAAGACACCAUCAACUCCGAGUGGCUCUACGCGAAGUGUGAUGCCAUGUCACUGAAAAUCAAAAUGGUUGAACUGCAGAUAUUGACCGAAACAUACACAGUUGACACUGUCCAGUCACUGAAGAAAAUCAGACAACAUCUUGAUGGUGCAUAUAAAGAGGCAGACCGAGAAAAACUUCAGCGGGAGCAGGCUGUCCGUUCAUAUGAGUCUGUUGGUAAUGGGUUUGAACAGAUUGUCACGGAAUUUGGUCAACUUAAACAGGAACUCGAAAACAAACAGUGGGCAUUGGCCGAGUUUGAUAAAAAUCAGAACAAAGCUACCAGGACUGGAUGAAAUUUUGGUUUAAGAAAUAAGUAACUUAUUGUGAUGAACAGUUUUACUGAAACAAAAUGGUGAAACAUGGAUGAUAAACACAUUACCUUUAGACAUGUUGUAAUUAUGAAAAAUAAAUAACUUUGAUGAAAGAUAGUAUGAAAUAUUUGCAUUAAUGUGCCUAAGAUGUUGGGGACUAUACAGAUUAAUGGAAUUAUGUGAUAAAUAACAUUAUUCCUUUUUGCAUUAAAAUGGUACAACACUA